GUAGACUGUAGGUGGGAACGUCUCGGGAGGAACUUUGCGUGCGGUGCCUGCGUGUUCACUCCGGACCCAUAACAGUGUAUAACCGGCGGGAUGGCGAGAGCGUCUAAGUCUGCUUUGGUGCUUUGCAUGGAUGUGGGGUUCUCCAUGAGCAACUCGGCUCCUGGUCAGGAACCCCCGUUUGAUCAGGCUAAGAAGGUCAUACAGAAAUUCAUUCAGCGGCAGGUUUUUGCUGAAAACAAGGAUGAGUUGGCUCUGGUCCUAUUUGGAACAGAUAACACAAAGAAUCCCCUGGCCCAGGAUGGCCAGUACCAGAACAUCUCCAUACACCGACAUCUGAUGAUGCCAGACUUUAAUCUGUUAGAGGAAAUUGAGAAUGAGCUGCAUCCGGGCAGCCAGCAUGCAGACUGGCUUGAUGCACUCGUUGUUUGUAUGGAUCUUCUGCAAAAAGAAACCAUGGGAAAGAAGUAUGAGAGGCUGAAUAUCGUUCUGCUCACUGACCUCAACACCCCAAGCUGUGCUGAUCAACUGGACGUAAUCAUAAACAACUUGAAGAAAGCUGGCAUUACUCUGCAGUUCUUUCUGCCAUUUCCUGUGGAUGCUGAUGAAGGAGAUGAUGGAGGCCGAGGAGAUGGGGCAGGUCCAAGACAUCCACCCCAGGGGAAAGGCCUGAGUAGGGAACAGAAGCAGGGUCUGGAGAUGGUCAAGCAAGUCAUGUCCUCUCUGGAUGAGGAGGAUGGCCUUGAUGAGGUCUACACCUUCAGUAAUGCUGUGGAGAGGCUGUCCAUGUUUAAACGCAUUGAACGACGGCCUAUGGCCUGGCCCUGUCAGCUCACCAUCGGCAGCUCCCUUUCCAUACGGAUUGUCGGAUACAAAGCUGUGUGUGAGGAGAAGGUGAAGAAGACCUGGGCUGUGGUGGAUGCUGAGAGUCAUCAAAAAGAUGAUGUGAAGAGGGAGACUGUCUACUGCCUCAAUGAUGACAAUGAGACUGAAGUGCAGAAAGAUGACACAAUUCAAGGUUUCCGUUAUGGUAGUGACAUUGUCCCAUUCUCUAAAGUCGACCAAGAUCAAAUGAAGUACAAGUCUGAUGGAAAGAGCUUUGCUGUGCUGGGCUUUGCCAAGCAGGAGAUGAUUAAUCGUCAUCAUUUCAUGGGCUCCCAGGUCAUUAAGGUGUUUGCUCCUAGAGAAGAUGAGCAUGCAGCCGUUGCCCUCUCCGCUCUGAUCCGUGCACUGGACAGUCUAAAUAUGGUGGCUAUUGUCCGCUAUGCUUAUGACCGCCGCAGCAACCCACAAGUUGGAGCUGCUUUUCCCAUCAUCAAAGAGAAAUAUGAGUGUCUGAUGUACGUCCAGUUGCCAUAUAUGGAAGACCUCCGUCAGUUCACGUUCCCCUCACUGGAGAACAACAAGAAGUUUGCUCCCUCAGGGUCUCAGCUGUCAGCAGUGGAUGCUCUCAUUGACUCCAUGAUGCUGGUGGAGAAGCAUGAGGAUGGUGAAAAAUAUGACACCUUUAAAAUCAAUAGCAUCCCCAACCCACAGUUCCAGAGGCUUUUCCAGUGCCUACACCAUCGGUGUGUGAACCCAGGUACCCCCCUGCCCCCUGUGGACCCAUGGCUAAAGAGGAUACUAGACCGGCCCCAGGCUGUCUCGGCUCGCUGCCAGGCCCCCCUGCAGGCGAUGAAAAAAUGUUUCCCCCUGAAGGAGGUGGUGCGGAAGAAGGAGCAGAAGACUAGUGUGGAUGUGUUUGGGAGUGGUGAGGAGCCAAAUGCUAAGAAGCUCAAAAUGGAUGAAGAGGACAAGUUCAAUCUGGCUGAGAUUUCAGAGGGAAACAUUACCUCGGUUGGAAGUGUGAACCCUGCCAAAGACUUCCGUGCCUUAAUCCAGCAGAAAACCAUUCCUUUUGGCCAAGCAUGUGAGCAGCUGACCCACAGGAUGGAGCAGUUGCUGGGCAACAGGAGCACUGACUACUACAUGAAGACCAUCACCUGCAUUCAGGCCUUCAGGGAGCAGUCCGUAAAGGUUUCCAAUGCAGAACUAUUCAACGGGUACAUGCAGUCUCUGAAGAGGAGCAUUCCAGACCGUAAUCUCCAGGAUUUCUGGGAUCUGCUUGUUCAAGAUGCUCUAACGUUAAUCAGUAAGGACGAGGUGGAGGCCAGCACAGUGACCAAACAGGAGGCUGAGCAGUUUUUGAUGUCUGAGGAGAAAAAGGAGGUAGAAGCUGCUCCUGCCCAAGAUGACGGAGGAGAUGUGGAUGAUUUGCUGGACAUGAUGUGAACAUCCGUCAAGCUGUUUGCCUUUUUCCCUUUGUUUUGUCUUAAAUUGUCUAUUGUCUGGGCACCUGUUGUUUUGUACAUUAUACAUUAUUGUACAUCACACAUACAGUCAGGUAUGUACUCGAAAAUACUGUUUCUUUAUGAAUGCAUUUUAUUGUUUUUGUUUCGGGUGUUUUUUUUUAUCUAAACAUGUUUACCAUAUUGAAAAGACAGAUAAACAAAUAAAUAAACAAAAAUAAUAGGAAAA